CCAAACAAGAAAGAAAGAAAAAAAACUUCAUCACAAUUCCCCUUUUCUUCUCUUCUGUUUCUCUCUUUCACACACACACAACAAAAACACUGAGAUAAAACGAAAAAAAGUUGGUUUCUCCUUCCCUCCACAAUCAAAGCGGCUCUUCCCCGGUCUGUUUUCUCCUCACGUAAUCAAACAAAACACAUAGUAAAUACACACACACAUAUAUAUACACACAUAUAUACAUAUAAACAUAUAUAUCGAUAUAUCGUUCUUCACAAACCUAAUUUCCACACAUACACAGAGACACUCUAUUCCAUAUCACACACACCAAUUCCCCCUCUCAUAAUUACAAUCCAAUCUCACUUGGCGGCGAAUUAGGGUUUUUUUCGUGUUCUUAAAAUUUAUUGAUAAUUUAAUCGUUAAUGAUAUUAAUUUCGGGUUGUGUUUUGAAUGAACAGAACCUAGGGUUAGGCCUUUAGGGUUACGAUAGACGGUUUUUAUAAAUUAGGGUUUCAAAUACAGAUAUCUAUAUCUACAUCUAUAUAUAUUUUGUAUCUAUCUAUCUAUCUAUAUAUAGAUGAUAUAAAGACGGUUCCUUUUUUGUUUGAUUUGGCUGUGUUGAUUGAACUUAUUUGUGAGAUGAGGGUCUUAUAAGUUGGUUCAGUCUUUCAAAUAUGGCUGCCUUUUGAACCCGUUGAUCGAAAUUACGUAAAUAUUGACAAUAGAGGGGAGAUAACGAAUAACGAGCUGUGCUGGUUUUUUAGUUUGUGUAUAUGGUAGUUUUUGGAAAAGAUAAGAUAGUUUUUUGAUAGUUUGGUGGGUUUCGGAAUUGGGAUUGCUUAGUAGAUGACUUUGGUUAAGUGAAUUUUUGUUGGAAGGAGAAGGCAGAAGGGUUUGGACUGUGAUACUCGAGAUUAUUAGAUGAACGUUUAUCGUUUGUUGUUCUGUUUUUAUGAUGUUCAUCAUUAGAUAUGGAAAGAAGUGAGCCAACGUUUGUACCUGAAUGGUUGAAGAAUAAUAGUGGAAGUUUAAGUACAGCAUCUCAUCAGUUUCAGUCAUCUUCUUUGCACUCUGACGAACAAGGUGUAUCAAAGGCCACAAGAAAUAAGUCGCUUGUUAAUAUCAGUGAUAGUGAUAUAGGACGCCCUUCUGUUUCAGAUCGAACAACAUCUUCAUACUUCCGGCGCACAUCUAGUAGUAAUGGCUCAUCUCAUUUAAGGUCUUACAGUAGUUUUGGUCGGUAUUCUGAUAAAGAAAAGGCUGAGAGUAGGCAUCGUGAUUCUGAUCCGCUGGGAAACAUUUUACCUAGUAGGUUUGAGAAAGAAGGGCUAAGAAGAUCACACUCGAGUGUAUCUGCAAAGCGUGGUGACUCAUGGCCCAGGAAAGUAGUAGCUGAUUCAAGUGGUGCUAACAAAAGUAAUCUUAACAAUGGCGGUACUCUACGUCCUGGAAGUGGUGGUGGUGCUGUUAGCAGUGUGAAGAUCGCGUUUGAGAGGGAUUUUCCGUCUCUCGGGGCAGAAGAAAAACAUACAGAUCCUGAAGUAGGAAGAGUCCCCUCUCCUGGAUUGAGUACUGCGAUUCAGAGCCUACCGGUCGGCAACUCGGCAGUGAUUGGUGGCGAUGGAUGGACCUCAGCACUGGCAGAGGUGCCUGUGAUAGUUGGGAGUAAUGGAAGCAACACGUCUGUUGUACAACCUGUUCAAACAACACCAAUCUCUGCAACUGCGACAAUGACAACUGGUCGUAAUAUGGCUGAAACUUUAGCGCAGGGUCCUCCUCGGGCUCAUACUGCUCCCCAGCUUUCUGUUGGAACUCAGAGGCUGGAAGAGCUUGCUGUUAAGCAAUCCAGGCAAUUGAUUCCAGUGACUCCAUCCAUGCCUAAAGCCUUGGUGUUGAAUUCUUCUGAUAAACCAAAGCCGAAGGUUGCACAGUUGCAGAGUCAAAAUUCUCACCUUGUCAAUCAUGCACACUCCCCACGGCCUGUGUCGACUAAGCUUGAUGUAUCAAAGACGUCCACUGUAGGGAAACUUCAUGUACUUAAACCAUCACGUGAAAGGAAUGGUAUCACCCCAAUUGCAAAGGACAACUUAAGUCCAACAAGUGGUAGCAAAUUACCAAAUAGUCCUCUUGCUGUACCCUCAGUUGUUGGAUCUGCUCCUAUGAGGAACCCAGGUAACAAUCCGCCAGUUACUGUGGCAGAGCGCAAGCUUGGUGUAGCUACAAUGGAGAAGAAACCCUCGCCUCAAGCACAAAGCCGAAAUGACUUUUUUAAUCUUAUGAGGAAGAAAUCUAUGACUCCUGCUACUCCUGAUUCCGGUUCAUCCGUCUCUGCUAGUGAUAAACCUGGCGAAGCUGAGUCCCCGUUUUUAACUGAGGGUGGGUAUGAUCUGGUGGCGCUUGAUGUGGCUGGUGGAGUUCAAGAGUCUAGUGAGCACAAGGUUGAUUUGCCUUGCAAUGGUGAUGUGCAUGUUGCAGCCGAGGUAUCUACUAGUAAUAAUGGAAAAAACAUUUCAAGCUCUGAUACCAUUCGUUACUCAGAGGAAGAGGAGGCUAGAUUUCUACGUGAACUGGGCUGGGAAGAACCCGCUGAAGAAGAGGGAGGCCUCACAGAAGAGGAGAUAAAUUCUUUUUACAGAGAUUUAAGUAAAUACCUGCAUUUGCAAGCAGCCUCAAAGAUCUUCAAAGGAACACCACCAAAAUUACUGAUGCCGCUUCACUCACAAAUGGGAAAGAAUGGUGAUAUUUCACCUGACUCUAAGCUGGAAUCUUGAAUUUGCUUGAAGAAAAGGGAAAAUGUCUUGUUUUUGUUUUUUCUUUUCUGUUGUUUUCUUACUUGAUCAACAUAUCGGGAUGAAGCAGUGAAAGGAAGUGAUUUGGAAGUUUUGAAAUCCUUGCAGUUAGUCAGAGGGGGAUGAGUGAAUAGGAAUAAUUACAUACGGGUGAAAUUUCCAAUAGCUUGCUGUAAACCCGUGUUUCCUUAAGCUGUCCGACCCCUCCAGACGUGUGGGAUUUUUCUGAUGAUAAAAAAGAGAAUAGAAAAUAGUUGCUCAGGAAUAUUUGUUUCGAUUGUGCAAAGAAAUCUGGGUUAUGGUCGGUUUUGGUUCUUUUUACCUUUUAUUGAGAAAGGUUCAACAACAAAAUAGCUUAUGGUUUAUUAUUUAUUUAAGAAAAAUGAGAUCCAGAAAUUUACUUUC